AUGGGAUCUCAACAUAUACUCAUUAACGGAGCUGGUCCAGCCGGCCUAUCUCUGGCAAUUGCACUCGCCAAACGCAAUAUCCGAUCCACUCUCUUUGAAAUUCGAUUGGAACCAACAACAAUGGGGGGCGCAAUUGCAUUAGCGCCCAAUGCAUUACGUGUGCUCGAUCAGACCAUCGGGAUUUAUGAUCAGAUUCGUCAUUUGGGGUUCGAAUACGAAUACAUAGAACUCUACUCGGAAGACGGUUGGAGGCUUGGAGGGUUGGUGAAUGGUGAUCGACAAGCAUAUGGUUAUCCUGCUUUACGAAUCUAUCGAUCAACCAUUAUGGAAGCGCUCCUAAAAUGUGUUAACGACUAUUCCACUUUGAUCAUCAUACAUUGGAAUAGUUCGAUCAACAAGAUUGCAGAGUCUGAUACAGGUGUUGAAGUCACAUUACUCGAUGGAAGUACAGUGAACGGAGACAUUCUCGUGGGAGCUGAUGGAAUUCACUCGAAAAUACGAGAGUAUGUCUUACGUGAUCGGGCGCCCACGCCAAUAUACGGCGGUCGAUAUGGUAUCGGUGGCCAUGUGGAUCGGGAUGAAAUCGACUGGAAACACUUCACACUUCCAGCGAUUCUGUUUUCCCAUCGGGGAGCCGUGCUUUUGUUUCCCAUUACCCCAGAUGGGAACAAGAUUGCAUGGGCUAUUCAGAUUACGGUGCCCGAAAAAACUCGAGAAGGUUGGUUGGAAUAUUUAAAUUCAGGAGCGGCACUGGAAGACAUACGCAAUCAAUUUGCUGACGCAGGACAAGUAAGUCUCUUAACUUUGGACUAUUUUCAUUAA